UGAAGUGCCACCGACCGUUUGCAUUGCUCAGGGGGCUCAGGGUUGCACUCUUCAGUAACUUUAUGCACGCAGCAUUACACACAACAUUACACUCAUUGAUGAGCAACGAGAAAAGACUAAUGAUAUUGACGGACGUUGACUCUGCGCGGGGACUUGAAACGUAAAACCAGGACUCUUUUGUUAAGAGCGGAAGUUGCUGCUCCAAAAUACUCAAGGAGUCAAGGUCAAGGAAAUGUUUAGAGUGCAGAUAGAAAUAGUGUCCCAUGUGUUCUCUGUGAGCCGUAAAGCUAUAUAGCAAAUUCACAGUUGAGAUCACCAUUAGACUUACACUACAGCAAGCUUUAUGUGAGUUCACGGCGUUUGGUAUUCAACCAACAAGUCUUUCAUGGACCAUGGAUGGAGCUAUUUAUUCAUGACCGACUGUCACCAUGCACAUGCCGACCGGCGGAAUAAAUCAGAGGAAAACAACACCCAAACAAGCCCAACCAAACUCCAAAGAUGAACAGCCAGAUAAACACAACGUUCAGUAAACUCCAAUUUUCAUGAUGAAUAGCACCGGCAAACAUCACCGCCUUCCACCAACCAUUCUCCGCCGUCGCUCCUCAUCGACUGCCUUAAACUUUAGAAGACAAGAGGAAUCAUCUUCACAUCAUGAAAGACCUGUAUUGAACACAAGCCACGCCCUUAAAGGUGGAGCAACCACGCCCCUUGAGGCGGAACAGCCACGCCCCUGGAGGCCAAACUAUUUUGUUGACCAGACAACAGCUUCCAGAAAAAGCCACCAAAAUGGGUCCGCCAUCGAGGAGAAUCAGGAGAGCAAAAACCCUGCUAAGAGUAACUCUCCUCAUCCUUGUGAACGGGACGCAACAAACUCUCAACCUUCGAUUGAGAUUUCUUCUCAGAGAUCGAUUUCUGAUACUGCAACAAGCGGUAAGAAUCCUAUGGAUGCGGCGCUGCCGACUUGCUUACAUGUACAAACAGAUAGAGGACUGUCGGUUAGAGACAAAUUCGCUGCUCGUUUUCUUAUGAAGGAAAGAGUGUCCUGUGAGGAUAUUCGGCGGAGAGCAUCCUGCCUUUCUACUACCGCCCCAGAGUCUGUGACUACAUUACCUGGACUUCACUCUAACGACAGCAUGUUGAGUUCGCCCGAGGUGACAUCAACUGAGAUAAGCCAUAGUACGCCAGUCUUUCACAUCAUACAACCGCAGUUUUAUUUGAACGUCAAACAAACUAAAGACGGUGAAUGUGAUUUCGACAUUAGAAAUAUCGAUGUUGAUAUUCCGAUAUCAGAUGUACCUCCCACACUUCAACCUUUCAGCACCGCUGAUGAACAUCAACCAGAAACAACUGGUUCAUCAAUGUUGAAUCUCAAAGCGGUGCGGGUUUCAGAUCUUCCACUUCUGCAAAAUAGUGCCAAUGACGAAUCGUCUAAAAUCACCCAAUCUGAGGAGGCUUGUGUGAAUCUUUCAGAACCAGCUGAGAUUGCGGCAGAGAGAAACAAUGAUGAGACGGUCUCUAGCACACAGCCUGAGGAAAACUCUAAUGUCUUUGUACAGCCGCAAAUAAUUGGAGUGUUUUCAUUGAGGAACACACCUGAGAAGAAUGACACUUCACCGCAGUAUCAGUGCCCAAAAUGCCUGAAGAGAUUUCAUCGUAUCUUGUCUCAGUUAGAACACAAGUGCAACCCCAAGACAUCUUCUAUCGGUUCUCUUCAUAAACUCCGUUCAGUAAAGCUGUAUAAGUGCCUGGAAUGUUUGGAGGAAUUCUCCGACGUGGAAAAAAAGAAAAGUCAUGCUUGUUCGUCCCAGGUGCACCAGGCUAAGACAAAGAACAGCGACCAAGCCUCGUCCGUUGAUGGAAAAAAGUCAUUGCAAAAAGCUGCCAAAAUGUGGUGUCGAACGUCGAGGGGUUCGUUCCAGUGCAAUAUUUGCAAAAAACGUUCAUUGAAGGAGUCCAAAAUGCAAGCACACUGUGUGAGGAAACAUGGGGAUCGUGCACGUCGGAUAGCAGGAAAUAAAGCAAAGGAAACCACUUCCCAGAACAAAACGAAGAAGAAAAAGUUUGGAUCAUCAAGUAACCAGUUCUCUGCCGAAGGACACACAGAUACUCAAAAACACAGAUUUGAACAGCCCUUCAAAUGUGGCUUGUGCAGCAUGAAAUACAAACGAGUCGCAUUCUUGAAAAAGCACAUUGCUUUACACAUGGGACCUGAGCAGUUCAAAAGAAGCAAACGCCCGUUUGUCUGUAGGCUUUGUAAGUCACGAUUUCACGAUAGUUCCACACUCAAAGUACAUUCUGGGAAGAAGUGCAUUCAAACUAUUAAGAAAGAUGCAAAACAAAAUGAUCAGGAUAAGAGCUCGUCUUCUGGGAUUGAAGUCACAGCCCUACAUGUUCGUGAACCAAACACUUGCCUUGGGUCAAAGGCUGCAGCUGUAAACACCACGUCUGAAGACUCGUCCAGCAGUCUUCCCAACGAGAAACAUUUUCCGAAGCGAAAGCAUCGAUGCGGCUUCUGCGGCAUCUUAUGUGAGAGCUCUACGUGCCUUAAAAAACACGUCAGGAGUCACUGGAAUCAAGUCUUUGAAAGCUACAGUCGCCCCUUGGAGUGCUGUCUCUGUAACGAGCAUUUUGACAAUUGUGUGCGGUUCUUUUUGCACGUUCGUCGAAACAGCUGUAGUUCGACUACCACCGACGAUACGAGUCAAUCAAGUGCGGUUGAAGUUAGCGACGAGGAAGCUCGAGGCAAGAUGGAAUGUGCCACGGCAACGAGAAGUAACUCUUCUACUCGCCAAGAAGAGCGACCACACUUGAGCGGUAUGCAUCAAUGCCAAUUCUGUAGCCUCAACUUUUGGUCUAGGGACAUACUGGACAUUCACAUUCACAGUUCUCAUCCGCUGUUGCUUCAAACGGAAGAAUCGGCUACAUCAAAUUCAUCCGACGGUGACGCUGAUAGAGACUUAAGCAAAAACAAAGAUCAAGGAACUCCUGAUCCAGUUAUUUCGAAACGGAAAAGUAAAUCGAAAUCCAGAAAUGGAAGUCAAACACUUUGGACUGAUCACAUGUCCUCUCUCAAUUCAUCCAACAGCGAGACUGAUGGAGACUCAAACAACAAAAACAAAUACCAAGAAACACGGGUGUUUCUGGAUCAGCAAAGUAAAGCGAAUGCUAAUGAUGAUUUAUCGCAUAGUUGCACACUUAAGUCAUAUCUCGUGUCUGCUCUCAAGGCCUCUGGUAUUCAAGAUCAAAGUCCACCCACAGUUAAGAGUGCGAGAGGUGUUUGUGAGAGCAUCGAUUUGGCAAAUCAUGCCGUCAUUAAGAACGAUACUGAAGAAGACGAGGAUACUGGGACAAGCAAACGAACACAGAUCUACCCCAGUCAGUGCAAGAUCUGCAAGAUUACUCUGAGUAGUUGGAAGAGUCUGGAUUCUCAUCGUCGAAGUCAUCAUGCCGAACAAUUGAACAAACAUCUUCAUCCAGGACAAAGUCAAGACUGCUCCAUGGAGUCAAGUGACGACACCAAAAUCGAUGUCGUCAAAGUGAAUUUGUUCAACACGUGUGAGUUGUGCGAGAGGGUGUUUAAGUACUGGAACAGGUUAGUGUUUCACCGGAAGUUGAAGCAUGGUGUACAUGUUAACUGUGCAACGCUUUCUUCAAGGCGGCCGACAAGCAAAGAUAAAGGCAUUCUUAUUGACGAGCCCAGUUUGGAGGUUAAUGAUUCCAUCGUUGAUGAGAAUACUUCUUCAUCAACAAUUGAAAUCGGGUGUGAAUCAACCAAGAUAAUGUCCCCCACACAGACACUUGCUGCCUACUGCCUCGACAAAAACAAUUUUACAGAUGUGCAGAAUGAGAAAAUCCUAAGCAGACAAGAUAAUCAGAACAGCAACCGAACAUCAGUCGCUGACGACAACCUUGUAAGUGUGCAAAAUGAGGAUGUACCGUGCAGACAAGAAUACAUGACCUGCGACCAGACCCAGAGUCAGCCAAGCAGGAAAGAACAUGUUGUGGAAGGUACUAGACGAACUGUUGAAGAUCUUCAGAUAACGCAAGUUGUGUCCUUGAAACCAGGUGUACCAAGUAAUCUUUGGAAUUCAGUAAAUUGUGCUUCAGUUGAGAAGGGUAAUCCCCAGCACAACACUGAUAGAACAAUGGAGCCAUUGUUUGAUGAAGAGUCGUCAAAUAACCAAGUUCGAACACAGAUACCGGAAAGCACCCAGCCAAAUGAAAUAACUGCCCCAAAUUUGCCUUCGCACAGUUCAUUCAACAACCAACAGUAUUGCAAGCCAUCAGAGAGCGCUGCCACAGUUUAUGCACAACAACAAGCAAUCCUGGACGAGUUUAAUUUUCUGAUGAGCUCUGUUGUAACAUUACAGUCUACUCUGAACAUUGAGGACAAUAUAUCCCGUCCAUCUGAUCAUUACGAAUUUGACGGGACCGUUAAAAAGCUUCCCUUUAGGGAAGUCGAACGUAUUCUGAGAAGCUUAGAGAGAAACUGCAGCACCAACGCUUAUCACUGCAGUGUAUGCGGAGACAUUCUGGAGGAUAUACCGCUAUACACAAGCCAUAUCUUAUCUCACUGCGAGUUUGAUCAGUACAUCUGCGUCUUCUGUGGCCAACGGAGUAUGGAUAUCUUUUCAGUGCUCAACCACGUUGUCCUUACACAUCGUAAAGACAACGUACAUGUACCUCAAGAUCCAGAAGGUAACGCUACUGAAACGGUCAACACGUCAUCCCUGACUAGUACCAGCGAUGUCGAUAACACAGCUGCUGGCAAACCGAGCACUAGCGCGUCACCACAAACAAGUCAGAUCCCCAAUAAACAUUGUACCUAUCCAAGACCCAGGUAUGAUUUCAUCUUUAAACCAAAGGAACACGAGAAUAAUAUUACACUUGAUGAGAAUACUGGCCAAUACAAGUGUCCUUUGUGUAAGUUUCAGUACUUGGACAGAGCCGAUGUGAUCUAUCACAUACGCAUGUAUCAUAACGGACAGCCAUACAUCUGCAAACACUGCCCUGAGAAGCUCCACUUCUUUCCCGACGUUCAAGCACACUUCUUUAAGAAUCAUUAUCUGCAGGUCACUCAGGAAGAGCAUCAUGCAGAGAGCGAGAACCCAACACUUGGUGGACAGAGUUUACAACUGGAGAGAGAGACUACUACGAUGCAACCAAACUUCCCGAAUGUUGACGGCGCAGGCUCAUGCCAGAGUUUACAACUGGAGAGAGAGACUACUACGAUGCAACCAAACUUCCCGAGUGUUGACGGUGCAGGCUUAUGCCAGAGUUUACAACUGGUGGGAGAGACUACUACGGUGCAACCAAACUUCCCGAAUGUUGACGGCGCAGGCUCAUGCCAGAGUUUACAACUGGAGAGAGAGACUACUACGAUGCAACCAAACUUCCCGAGUGUUGACGGUGCAGGCUUAUGCCAGAGUUUACAACUGGUGGGAGAGACUACUACGAUGCAACCAAACUUCCCGAGUGUUGAUGACGCAGACUCUUGCCAUAGUUUACAACUGGAGAGAGAGACGACUACGAUGCAAUCAAGCUUCCCGAGUGUUGACGACGCAGACUUGUGCCAUAGUUUACAACUGGAGAGAGAGACUACUACGAUGCAACAAAACAUCCAGAAUGUUGACGACGCAGACUCAUGCCACACUGAUGGUUGCAGGAAACAGAAAAGCUGUGAUGAAUCCAACACUGACUGUUGUAGGGGUGUUGAUCCUAGUCCAGCUUCCACACAACACACCCACACAGAGAUAAACACUGAUAAUGCACACGCUAAUUCAGGAGACGCUGAAAGAAUAAGAACUCAAGAACUUCAAGAGUCCACACAAGCCCACAUGGAAACAAACGCUAAUGCAAACACUAAUUCACGAGAUGAUGAAAGAAUACAAACUCAAGAACUGCAGGAGUCCAUACAAGAUGCUUCCCUUAAAAAAGUUGUAGUGAAACUGGAGAAACUUAGUGAUGAUGUCAUUGAUGAGCAUACUUAUCGCAACCUGCAUAAUCAUCUUAAAGGUGGAAUCAAAAUUAAAACUGAAAAGCUUGAUGACGGCUAUUCAACCGCUGAGUGUAUGCAAGAGUCUGACAUUGGUGGUGGAAUUCGGCAUCAAUCAGAAAUUGAACAACAUGGAGAAAUAGACUUUGAGAAUGGUGACCCAACAAGGAUUGUUCCCAAGGAAGAGUGUGACAUCCCGAAUGCAGCUGCAUCUUGUUUGUUGAGCCGUGCAAGAGUCUCUCAAUCUGAGUUGCAGAUUCCCCAAGAAAAAGUCAAAGUUGAGAAAGACGUCGCUGCAGCCAGCCAGUGGGGCCUGCAAAAGGAAGUUUGUAAAGAAGUAGAAUUGUCCGAUGCCAACAAAUCUGAUUCUAAUGAUGCUGGAUUGAGUUCUUUUUUAAGAUCUGAAACUACGACAGAAAUAAGCACUGGGAUGAAUGCACUGGAAUCGAAUGAAAACCUAGGAGGUGAUUCUCAUGUCGAUUCAAUGAACUUGUCAGACGUCGGCGACAAACUGACCGAGGUGGAAGAUAUACUUCAGAUUGUUAAUGAAGUUGGAAUUACACUCACAGAGUCUUUACCUGAACUUCAUUCAACGUGUUGUCAGAAGAUCAACCCAGGAGAUGUUACAGGCUCCAACAGAAUGAUAAAUCAGUCUGAGACUUCAGGAUCAGAGCAGAUUGCUAGACCUCAGAGCCGACCAUCAUCUGGAAAGUUGGUGCAAGAGAAUUAUAAGCGGCUACUUCCAGAUGGAUGUAGAGAACUUGCCUCGCCAUAUCCCAAGCGUGCAGAAACACCUUUAGACCUGAAUAAUCCAUUAGAUACCAUCAAUCUGAACCCUUUCCAUCAGAAUGAGACUAUUUCAGAUAUCCUCCAGGACAUUGCCAAGAACAGUUUCACAUCCAGAAUCCUUGCAAGCCUUCAGGAAGAUUCAAGGACCUCAGGUCCUGCUUCUGGCGAGAGAAGCAACAGAGCUCCGACUGCUUUGGGUACCAAAAGGCAACUUGAGCCUUUAAACAUCCCACGGCGAAGAUAUGGGAAACAAAUGAGAGCAUCUGAUGACAAUCCAGAGAACCUGCAAGCUGCUGUAGCUGAAGAUAGUAGUCAAGUUCGAGGUAGAACCAACAGAUAUGAAGUAGCACUAGAAGAUGCAAAUGAAAUUAAUUCUAGCAUCGAUGACUUCAAUAAGAUCGGAGCCAAGGAUUCCAACACGAGCCAACAGAAUGUUACGAACCAUCAGUCUCUAGCAUCUGUACCUGCUCCCAAAAAUUCACGCCGAGGUGUGGCCAGAUCAUCUGAGUCAAGAGUCUCAACAUAUCAAUCAAAUCAUCAAAGUUGCACCUCCAAUCAGGAAGCUGCGAGGAUGAGCAAGAAGAACUACCAACCAGCCUCAAACGCUCCAGUUUAUAAACGUCAACAGUCAGAGCAGCAACUUAACACAGCUGGAAAUGUUUGGCCGACCAACAAACAGACGUCCAAGAGACGUAGACAUUGUUCAGAUGGACCGCCUUUCUACAGAUACCAUCAGGUAGGCCGACCUUCUUCAGGAUACCCUCCUAGACAUUCUAAUCAAUCAAUCGACCACAACUCCAACAUGACAGUGACGCGGCGACAAUCCCAAGAUAUUCCAACCUAUUCUGGAACGUUAUACUCUGCAAGUGUUAAUGUUAUGGAAUCUCAGCACAGAAGCAAUCCGUCUAAUGUUGCAUUACCUCAGCAACGUUCGCAAGUUCAAAUGGCCAGUUAUUGCUAUCAGCAUAGCCACCAUAGUCCGAACACUUACCAGCAAAACUCGUCCAGAUAUUUGGAGAUCCAAACGCAAACAUCUCGGAAUGAGUCGCAGGUACGUGGACAGUUCGCAGCGCCACCUCUUAGGCAACCUGACUCAGGCUCUGCGACUUUAAGAGAGUUGCUUAAUACUCCGCAAAGUUCGAACUAUCCGGUAAAUGGAAAUAACCCCCGUUCAUCGGCUGAUAGAUUGCCUGAUCAGUCAAACUACCACACGAAUAGUAACAGCGGUGCUUUCAACAACUACUCUGGACCUAGAGAUUUAUGCUCCAACAACGUUGACAGGAAUGAGCAGUCAUAUUUAGAUGCGUACGGGAGAAACUUAAGCUCCAACAAUGUAAGCAGGAAUGAACAAACGUACUCCGAUAUGUACAGGGGAACUGUCUUACAAUCUGAGUUAGCACCAAAUGCCAUUCCCAACUUGACCAUUAGUGACUAUUUAAGACCAGUAGCAACUUGUGCCCAACCUGUAGAAAGUGUUGCCUGGGAUAUUCCAUCUUCUGUACAUCCCCCCUCGUAUCCUCAACCAUUGCACAGAAACAGCCAGCCAAUGGUUUCCCCAAGAGAGGCAGACCCAGACCAGAGGGAGUAUGUGCACAGGAACAGCCAGCCAAUGGUUUCCCCCGGAGACAUGGAUCAGAGGGAGUAUGUGCCAAGAAACAGCCAGCCAAUGGUUUCCCCAAGAGAGGCAGAUCGGAGGGAGUAUGUGCACAGGAACAGCCAGCCAAUGGUUUCCCACGGAGACAUGGAUCAGAGGGAGUAUGUGCCAAGAAACAGCCAGCCAAUGGUUUCCCCAAGAGAGGCAGAUCGGAGGGAGUAUGUGCACAGGAACAGCCAGCCAAUGGUUUCCCCCGGAGACAUGGAUCAGAGGGAGUAUGUGCCAAGAAACAGCCAGCCAAUGGUUUCCCCAAGAGAGGCAGAUCGGAGGAAGUAUGUGCAAAGGAACAGCCAGCCAAUGGUUUCGCCUGGAGACAUGGAUCAGAGGAGGUAUGGGCAAAGGAACAGCCAGCCAAUGGUUUCGCCCAGAGACACAGAUCAGAGGGAGUGUGUGCAAAGGAACAGCCAGCCAAUGAUUUCGCCUGGAGCCACUGAUCAGUCUUUGCCACAGAUUGUCAGUGUGCUAUCCUUACACCCUGAUUAUAUAUUAAUGUAGAUUUAUGUAGAUUUAUGUAGAUUUAUGUAGAUUCAUAAUGCCAGGAGGAAUCGGUCAAAGGUCAUUUGUCAGUGCAUUUUUCUUACAGCCCUUGCAAUUUGGCCUUAGCAACACUUGCAACUAGUGUCGUGGUCGCGACUAUUAAACAUUAGUCAAGUCACGACUACCGUUUUUCAACUAUUCUGUUAAUUGUGCUGCUAUGACUACAAAAAAAAACCGCGACUAACUGUUUGGUGAACCAAUUGUGUCACUGACGACUUUUCACAACAACGUAACUUACUUACAAAACACAAUCAGACUUCAGUGACGUAAUCCUUCAAUCCUUUCAGCUUGAAUUUGACUAAUAGCAAUUGCUGCAAACAUUGCCACAUUGCAUCUUGAGAAUUAAAAAUCUGUGCGACUUUUUGAGGUGCGAGUAGUUGAGUGGUAAAUUUCACUAGUCGCCCAGGCCUACUUACAAUCAGGGCCCAAUUUCAUAAAGCCUGUAAGCAUUUUGAUAA